GAAGAAAGAAAAAUAUGUAGAGAGAAAGACAGAAUAAGAAGAGAGAGAGUGGAAGAAAAUAGACUAGAGAAAGAGAACUCAGCAAAACAGAGAGAGAGAGAGAGCCACAAGAUAGACAUCGAGACAAAUGGAAGGAGAAUAAAUAGAUAAAAAGAGAAAGAGGGAGGGAGAAUAAAGGGAGAGAGAAAAAGAGAUAGAAAGAGAGGGAGAACUAAUAGAGUGAGAAAGAUAUAGAAAGUGAGGGAGAAGAAACAAAUAGAGAGAUAAAGCAAUAGAAAGAGAGGGAGAAGAUACAGAUACACAGAGAGAGAGAGACAAACAGAAAGUGAGAGAGAGAGAGAGAAAGAUGAACCGGACAUAGAUUACGGUGUGUUUGUGUGAUUUGCCUUGUUUGAUCAUCUGACCAAAUAUGGCGGAUAGUGAUGAGGAAGGCAGUACUCCGUCUACUCCGGAGAGAAUGAUGAGCGACCAUAGUGGCCCGAGGGUGGUCACCAUCACAAAAACAGAAACAGGCUUUGGAUUUAAUGUCCGGGGCCAGGUCAGCGAAGGUGGGGUCCUCAAAUCGAUCAAUGGAGUAUUGUAUGCACCUCUCCAACAUGUUAGUGCCGUGUUAGAAGGCGGUGCUGCACACAGAGCAGGCAUACGGAAGGGAGACCGAAUUUUAGAAGUAAAUGGUGUUAAUGUAGAAGGUGCUACACAUCGACAGGUUGUGGACCUAAUCAAGUCAGGUAGAGAUAACCUUACUCUGACAGUGAUAUCUGUACCUGAGCGUGUGGCUGAGAGAUUGGAACCAAGUGAUGAUUCUUCAGGACCAUCUCUCAUUGAUUAUUCAGAACGACGUUCACUUCCUAUUUCCAUACCAGAUUAUCAGUCUGUAGAAAAUAAUGGUGAAAAAUAUGUGGUGUUUAACAUUUAUAUGGCUGGGCGUCAUUUGUGUUCACGGAGGUAUCGAGAGUUUGAUUGCUUACACAGUCAGUUGAAAAGAGAAUUUACAGAUUUCAAUUUCCCCAAACUUCCUGGUAAAAAACUUUUCACAUUGUCUGAUCAACAACUCGAUGCCCGGCGGAGAGGUUUGGAACAGUAUCUAGAAAAAGUUUGUGCAGUACGAGUCAUUGGAGAAAGUGAAACAGUUCAAGAAUUCUUGGCAGCCAGUGAUUCCCAUAUGGAAAAUGGUGGCUGCAAUGAAGUUGAGUUGAAAGUUUCCUUACCUGAUCAUUCACUUUGUAUUGUCACAAUACGAAGGACAGAUAACACAGAAAAGGUUUAUCAGGCUGUAUGCAACAAAUUACAGAUUGAUAAUACAUCAUCCAAGUUUUUUUAUCUUUUUGAAACGGUGGACUAUAAUUUUGAACGAAAAUUGCAACCACAAGAAUUUCCACACAAUAUUUAUAUCCAGAAUUACAGUACAGCCACAGCAACCUGCAUAGCACUGAGGAAAUGGGUAUUCUCUUUAGCACUUGAGAUGCAACUUAGUUAUAGUGAAUAUGUGAGCAACUUGCUCUACUGGCAGGCAAUAGAUGAUGUCAGUAGGAGUUUGAUAAAAGCUGGUGACCGGUUGUAUGAGUUAAAAGCUUUGCAAGAAGCUGCCAAGGUUAACGAGUAUUUGAAGAUGGCUCGAAGACUUGACUCUUACGGUGAAAUUGUGUUCCCCCAUUGUGCCUGUGAUUCUCGUAAGGAAGGUCAUGUGAUGGCCAGCAUUGGAAUCCGUGCCUUUCGAUUACAAGCAUGCAAAGAAGAUGGUUCCAUUGAACCUCAAGUUGUAGAAAUAAAAUGGUCUGAUAUAAAAAACUAUGACAUAGAUGAUGAAACCAUGUCAUUUAUAUUUGAAUAUUUCCGGCCAAGCAGGAAGUCUAGACUAGUUCGAAUUUAUUCAACUUAUUUUGUAUAUAUGUAUGAUAGCUUUGAAAGGAUAUUUGAAGAACUUGAUUGGCAGAAAGAGCCCUUUAAAUGUGGCUUGGAAAUGAACCAGACUUCUGCUGAAAGUGAAGAUAGCGACAGAGUUAUUGAUGGACAUUGAGUUGUUUUGUUGAACUAGAUUUGAAUGUCAGCUGAUGAGGAAAAACAAAAAGUAGAAGUGACCACCACCAAUGCCACCACAAAAUAUACAUGUGUGUAUGUAUGUGUGUGUGUAUAUACAUGUGUGUGUGUAUAUACAUGUGUGUGUGUAUGUAUGUAUAAGUUGACAUGUCAGCUGACCAACGCAGCCCGUUGCCUACAGUAAGCUGUCAUAUAUUUUCAAUGUCGAUGUGCCACCAUUUUUCCCAACUUGUUGCUUGCUGGCAUUUGCUCAACUUCAACAGGGUGGUUGUUUAUUACAUCUGUAUGUUUGGCUUUUUUUUUUUAUCUUUUAUUUCCUUUUGUUUUGUUUUUUUUUAUAUUUUUUUAAUUUUCUUUCCAAUUUUUAACAUUAUUUCAAAUAUAUUUUGUUGGAACUAUUCAUCAAGAUUCCUUUAUUUCUUUCUAUCCAUAUAAUAAAGCAGCCCUUAAUGUUCUUUCUUCUCAUCUCUCCCCACCCCACCUCUCUCUCUCUCUCUCUCUCUCUCUCUCUCUCUCUCUCUCUCUCUCUAUAUAUAUAUAUAUAUAUAUAUAUAUAUAUAUAUAUGUAAUAUACACACAGUUUUGUUUCUGCUCCCCACACCACCACCACCACUCCAUCCUCAAAUUCCUUCCUUCUGCUUUAUUCUUCCUCAUUGAGGUUUUCACUUUGUUGUUCUUCCUCUCUCCUUUUCCUUUCCUUCUUCCCCUCCUUAUCUGCCUCCCUCAUUCCUCCUCCACUCACAUCUAAUACAACUUUUUUUUUUUUUUGGUCUAGUCUCUUCUAUUCAGCCAGGUCAGGUCAGGUCAGGUCUGAUGGAACUCAGAAUAUAUGGUUGGACUAACAAGUAGAUAAAAUUGUUCAUUCCAGCCAACUGCACCAAUUUUGGUUUUCUUCCAUGACUGACUGUGUUUGCAUGUAUGAGUGUGCAUGUAUGUAUGUUUUGUAUGUGUAUACAUUUGUGUAUAUGAAGAGCAAUCAAAAUUUCUGAUUAAUACAGUCAUGUAGAUACUCUUCUGUGUUACGUAACACAUAGUUAUAUUAUUGUAUUGUCAUAUUGCAUGGCUGUUUACCAUGCUACAUAUUGAUAUAUUGCAAUAUACAUAUAUGUUAUAUACACAUAUAUAUAUGUAUGUAUGUAUAUAUUAUUGGUUAUGUUGUUGUUGUUGAUUUUGUUUUAUUCAAUAAUGAUGAUAAUGAUAGUGAACCACAAAUCAUCUCAAAUUGUUAAAACUUGUUUAUUCUGUUUCCUGCAACUCUUCCUUCCUCUUUUCAUGCCAUCUCAGCCCUGUGGGGGUAUUACCAUUAUGUAAAUUUGACUUACAGAUAGAAAGCAAAGAAGAAGAAAAUAGAUCAGGAUGAAGCAAAAUUGUGAGUGGGGGGAGUGUGUGUGUGUGUGAGAGAGAGAGAGAGAGAGAGAGAGAGCAUCUGAGAAAAUUGGACAUCAGUUUCAAAAUACUAAAGCACCGUUGGACUCCUUCCACUCUUCUUCUGCUUCUUUCCUGUUAAUUAACAUUCACAGUUACCUAUGUUUCCUAUGGGUGAUCACCAUUGAGCCCACCUGCAAAUCAGUGUACAAUUUUGUACAUUUUUUUUGCAGCUCUUUCACCACUACUUCUGGCAAGCAUGGUGAAGGGGAGGUAUGCUCUCUGAUGAGGUCAGAAUAUGAGUGAAGUUUGUUUGGAGUUUUCCCUUGUAAUAUACAGGAGGAAAAUGGUAAUAAAAACAGUCACUGACUUAAAAGUAAUUUUCUUCCAUGCAUUAUUAUUUCUACUAAGUGAUUUAAAGGUUUCCUGCAUGAACAAUAUUAACACUAACUUAUCCAUGUUAUAAUUUCUUGAUUUUGUUCUGGAUAUGUUAUUUUGACUUCAGUGAUUCCACUUUUUCUUAAUUUCAUCUCAUUGACCUAUAAAUAUUGAUCACUAAGCAAUAAUUUGCAAUAAAUAUAUAAAUAUUGAUUACUUUAGUAGUUUCCUUAGCCAUCAAAAUGAAUUUUAAUUUCAUUAAAAUCUAAACACAUUCAUUUAUAUAGCUGUGUGUGUUUUAAUUCUAUUUAGUAAUAUGUCAUGUUGCUUAAUUUUUAUAAUCUAAUGAAUUUGAAUUUAAGUAACCUUUUUGUUUGAGUAGUCCAAUAAAAAAUUUUUUCCUUGAA